CAGGAAGGCUGGCCGGACGUGAUUGCAAAAGAAAUUCAAGAAGAGCUGCAACGAUUCAUGUCAGCUACCUACAUCACAAUAGGAAACAUCGCCGGAAAUACCUAUCUGCCUUUGCCAUACUUUGGGACUGAAGACAUAGAGAUCAAGGAAGAAAUCAGUGGAUACAACGACAAAGAAAGGAUCCAUGUUAUAGAAAACUCGAUAGUUCUUUGGACAAAGCAAAUCAAAGAUGUCUUGCUACUCAAUCCCGAGGUAAACGUGAGAAAUAAUGGCCUGAAUGCGACAGAGGUGGAGCUAGAGUUUUGGUCCAAACAAGCCAAAAAGCUUAAUUCGAUCUCUCAUCAGUUGGAGAGCUCGAGAUUUGAUAAGAUAAUGCAAAUCCUAGAAAUAAGCAAAAGUACCUUCUUUCCAGCGUUCAGCAGACUAUGCAAAGAAGUCAAAACAGCACAAGAAGAAGCAAAUGACAAUGUAUUGUAUCUUAGACCAGCCAACAAGAUUUAUUCAGCAAUAAUGGUUUUCUUCUUCAUCCUUCUCUUACAAAGGUUCAAUGUCAUUAUGCAUGUCACAUUACUUGUUUGGAAGCACUCAAAAUUCUACAACACGCAAGGUAGACUAGUCCUCCUUAUAAGGGAAAUUUGCAACGAGAUAAUCAUCCGUUCGAGGAGGCAAGGAAUACACUUGAUUGACAACAAUACCAGGUACAUGGGGAAUGAAAUAUGGACUUCGGAGCCUGAACAUGCUAUAGGGAUGGUGUAUGAUGUUAUCGAAUCUUGCGAAAACUUCAAACAGGUCUAUCAAAAAUUCAAAGAAAGAUCAAUUGCAGAGUGUCCUGACAAUCCAUGGAGAUUUCAAAAUGACGUUCUCUUCGAAAAACUUGACAAUUUUCUGGAAAGAUGUAACGAUGUCCUGAACCUGAUGACCAACCUCAAUGACUUUAAGACCUUGAAGUAUUUAGAAAUCGGGGGUUCAAAAGGAAAGACUUUAACUUCAAGUGUAUAUCAAAUUAAUUCAGAUUUUGAGAUCUGCGUCUUGAAUUUUCAAAAUGCCAACAUCGACAUAUUUGAUGCAGAAUCGAGAUUAUUUGAUGAAUCGUAUUUCGCAUUCAAGAUCAGGGUUGACGAGCUUGAGAGACGCCUUGCCUCUGUCAUUGUUCAAGCAUUCGAAGAUUGCUCCACAAUAAUUGGAAAGUUGAAGUUGUUACAAAGCUUUGGAAACUUGUUGCAUCGGGAUGUGUUGCAAGCUGAGCUACAGUCAAAACACACGCAGCUCUUCCGGGAAUAUUUGCAGGACAUCCAGCAAGUGAUAGAAAUUUUCAACUCAGGCAAAUCUCUCAGCCGUUUUCAUUACAAUUCUCCUCCUCAUGCAGGUGCUGUCAUGUGGUCACGUGGUCUGCUCGAAAGAAUCCAAGAGCCAAUGCUCAAGUUUCGACAGAUAUACAGCAAACAAUUCAAUAGGUCUGAAGGUCAAGACAUCCAAAAUUUGUAUUCUACAACAUCACAUCAGUUAAGAGCUUUCGAAGACGAACAUAUAUCACAAUGGUCAGAAAAUAUUCUUAACAUAUCCGAGGAAAAAUUGAAAAUGCCAUUGUUGAAAAGGAUUUCAGGGAAGGAUAUGAACCUUUUGUCAGUCAACUUUGAUCCCGCUUUAGUCUGUUUGCUGAGGGAAGUGAGGUACUUUGUUUCGCUAGCGAUAUCUGUUCCUGAAGCUGCUCGGACCUUGUUUUUGAAUGAGGAAAAAUUUAGAAUACAGUCAGGAAAUCUUGACCUGAUCGUGGUGAGGUACAACAAAAUUUUACAAAUGUUGAGUCAAGUUGAAAAGAGGCUGAUACAAACAAGAAUAGAUGCUAUUGACAAAAUUCUUGAAAAUGGGUUGACUAAUAUAAAUUGGAAAAGCCAUUCAAUCGACGAAUUCAUAACUCAGGCAAUGUCAAUGGUUGGGGAAGCAUAUCAUAUUGCUGAGUCCAUGAAACAUUACAUGUCAUAUACACAAGAUAUUCUGCAAUCUUGGAUCGACAAUCCCAUGAUACAACGGAAGACGAUGAAAACGUAUCUGCCCACAGACUUUUCCAAAUUGCAGUCUUCAGUUAUUGAACAAGGUUAUGCUCAUAUCCGGAAUGGCGGUCGAACGAUUCAUGACUAUCUUGUUAAAUUUCAGAAUAUGGUGGGAGCCAACAAGGGGUCUGCUUCCUUCAAGGCAUAUCUACAAAGUGUGGAUCAGAUCGUCGUAGAGGGACUUCGCCGUGCAUUUCUCGCCAGUUUAACAUACCUUUAUCACCAAAUUGAUUCAGACAAUCUGAUAAGAAGUGAUACUAAUCCUCUCCUGGAGAUACAACUCCUCCUUGAAAACAAUCAGUUCGUAUUUCAACCAACAAUCUCUUCAACAGAUGACAAGAAGGGCUUAAGAGACAUGAUUUUCUCUUGGAUACACAGUUUUCAGAAUAUAGGAACCCUAGUACCAAGGGUAGAUAACAACGUUGGAUUCGAUGAUUACGAUGUUGAAUUGCAUGACGACACAUUUCUCAGAAAGAUUCUGAAACAAAUUGAUACUUCUCUGGCUGCGAGUGAAGCUGAGUGUGAUGAAUUUCGUCUUUCGUUCAACGAAUUCUCUUUCUUAUGGAUGUCUUCGCCAUCAAAUGCUCUAGAAAGUUUUUUAGAAUAUGAACGUGAAAUCAUUGACUCUGUUCCCUCCGUUUCAAGCUUUGAAAGAGAGAUUUUCAAAUAUCGUCAGAUUGAAGAGGAAAUAAGAUUUUUGCCUGGGUCUCAAGUUGUUGGUUGGUUGAAGAUCGACACAAGGCCUCUUCGGCAAACCUUGCUCAACUUAAUAGCUUCAUGGCGAUCAGUUUUUCAGGAGUACCCGUUAAAUUUUGUCGAAAAGUCUGUUUCUGAAAUGCUUCAAUUUAUUUCUGAUACAUCAAAAAAUCUUGACUUGGAUGUCUUUGAAUUCAAUUCCUUGGUGAAUGUUUUGAAAAGCUUGAGAGACAUCAAGCUCGUUGAAGCAAAGUUUACCAUGAGGUUGAAUAUGAUGCUUCCAAUGUUGCAGAUGCUUUCGAAACACGGCAGAAACAUACCUUUUGAACUGAUACAAGAAGCUGAGGGUCUCAAGAUGAAAUGGAUCGAGCUUAAGAACAAAGGCGGCUUGGUCAAAGACAAGAAUUCAGAUCUGAUCAGGAAAGAAUCUUCUUCGCUCCAAACAAAGAUAAAAGAGAUGACUAAGAAGGUAGAAAGGUUUAGGUCGUAUUUUCUGCAUCAACUUCCAAACUCCUUUCAGGAUGAUAGUUCUACAGCAUUUGCUCAACUUGAUGCUCUGAUAUCCGCACCAAAGAAUUCGAUUCAAGUCUACCAGAAAGAAAGAGAACGACUCCUGCUGCUACAAGAGCUGUUUGAGGUUGAGAUUCAGGACUUCCCUUCGCUACUCGAAUGUCUAAGGGAUGCACAAGUCGUGAAAACAUUGUUGGAUAUCAAUUCUUUACUUGUGAAUACUUUGAAGCAUUGGAAAAAACAAAGAUGGUACGAUGUAUUACCCAAAAUGAUGGAAGUUGAUAUGAUGGAGAUUGACUCGAUAUUAGAAAAUCUGAAUCCCGAAGUUAAGAGGUGGAACCUCUACAUUGAAAUGCAUAACUUGCUUGCUGAGCUGAAAAUCACCAUACCUAUUCUGGAAUCUUUACAAUCCGAAAACAUCAAAACUAGGCACUGGAAGCAAAUUAUGAGAGCAACGGGAGUUUCAUUUGUCAUUGACAACAAAUUCGUUUUGGAAGAACUAUUAAAGUUGAACUUGCACUUGUUUAAGGAUGAAAUUUCUCGCAUAAUUGUUCAAUCUUCCCAAGAGCACGGAAUAGAAAAACAGCUAAGGAGGAUUGAAGACUACUUUAAUCAAUUGAAAAUGCAAGGCUCUGACUCGAGUCAAACUUUCAACUUAAACCUGGAUCCAGAAAUCUACAGCGAUCUUGAACAAAAUCUCAAUGUGCUACAUACACUGGCUAGUUCCAAGUAUGUAUCAUUCAACCAAUAUCUUCAAGAGGCUAUUCACAGUCUUUUGGACAAACUUGGAUUUGUGGAGAGGUUUUCUGAAUAUUGGAACACGGUGAUCACGAAAUGGCAAUCGUUGGAGGGUGUUUAUUCGAAAUUCAAAUUGAAAGAGGAUUUUGAUGAAUAUUAUCACGUUGCAAGUGAAUGGAAAAAGUACGUCGCUGAUCUACCCCAGGAUUUUACAUCCCUCCACUCCGCAAAAGAGAUAACUUUGCAAGCAUUGUGGGGUUUUGUCAACAACUUCGAAAAGUUCGAAAAGAACCUGGAAGCCUUGCUCAAGUAUCGAAGAAAGAUUCAUCCGAUUCUCUAUUUCCUUUCAGACAAAGAUUUGAUUAAGUUGUUGACUCUCGAUACCAGGAUUCAAAGUCUUGACGUGUAUGUCAACAUGUUAUCACAGGGCAUUCACGGACUUUCAAUUAGAAAGGAGAACAAUCAUAAUUUCCAAGUACGUGGAAUAGUGAACAAUGCAGGAGAGACACUUGCAUUUCCAGAAGCAAUCCUUCUAUCCCAAGAAAAUGAUGUCAAUGUAUCAAACGUAAUGGAGCAUACGAAAAAGGUUAUGGAAAAUCGAAUUUACAGCAUGUACGUGGAAUGCAAGCAAAAAGAAAGGUGGAAGACGUUUCAAUCAAUGUCUACACAAGAAAUCCUUCAUAUUUUCAGCAUUUUCUUUACAGAAAAGGUAACGAAUGCAUUGGAACAAUGUGAAAAACCUGAUUCCACAGGGGACAUAUUAGAAAUAUUGAGCUCAAACCUCAAGGCAGAUCAUCAAGAAACAGUGGAUCUUAAUGCACAAACAUUGUCGCACAUAGAACGUAAAAAGUACGCUUCUCUUGUUGUUGCAGGGCUGGCUCAACUUGACAUAAUGGGAACCUUGGUGAAAUGUAGCGCAUCUAGCAGAAGUUCCUUCGAGUGGCAAUCUCAAAAGCGAAUGUACAUGAAUUUCGAAACCUGCAAAAGUCACGGAGAAAUUUUGAAUUAUAAGAGGGAGUAUGGACAUGAAGUUCUAGGGCAUACUGAAAGAAUCGUGUUGACACCGAUGACUCAACGAUGUCAAAUCUCAAUGGCAAAUGCUGCUGGUCUCCGCCAAAUAGGAGCUCUACUUGGACGCUGUGGGAAUGGGAAACGUUCUAUCCUGCAGGACAUGGCCUCGUUCUUCGGCGAAGCAAUCCGCUCACAAGUCUUCUUUGAAGACUGCAAAGAUAUCGUCGACCUGGUACAUGCACUUUCCAUCACAAACAGUUGGGCCGUAUUUGAGGUGUCGAUGUUGAAGUCAGUCGACGCGGCUGUUCUGUACUCUGCGAUCAAGGAGACCUUACUUUUCUUGAGACGAAACAUUAACGUCAAUAGAGGCGAAGCCGAUACUAUCCUACGCAGCGCUUCUUCUUCUCCCACGUUUUCUGUUCAACCUCAAUUCUUUCUCACCAUCGACGUAGAUGCAUUGAACUACCUUUGGCAUCCCUCAAUCAAAGGAGAUCUAAGAGCUUGCACUGUCUUUGAAGUUCACCUUGAAAUUGUCCUCAGUACAAAAUUGCAAAGUGAAGGCUUCCAAAAACAUGUAAUGCUCACCCAUCGACUGUGCAGUCUCAAAGAGAUAAUCGAGAAUCUGGUAUUAACGAGAGUGAGCGUCAGCCUGUUGAAAGCUCUGAUAUGGAAAGCUAAAACCAUUAUCAGUGCAGGUUUGCUACAAGAUGAGAUUUCUGCAUUUGUCAUCGCUGUGGAAGAACUUCUGAGUCAGAGGUUCGAUCUUCAGGAGCAUACCAAUGCGCAAAUAAUCUCACAAGUGUUUGGAGAACUGAGUCUUGAGACAAGUCCGACAGACAAAACUUGGGUGUAUCGCGAUUUUAGAGCAAAGACGAUCUGCUUUGAACAAGCAGCGCAAGAACACCGAUCUAUAUUUGUCAUUGGACCUGCAAAUAGUGGAAAGUCUUCCAUCAUUCACUCAUACAUUGAAUCUAAGGUUCAAGCAGGCAAGAAAGUGAAACAUCUCUGCAUGAAUCCAAAAGCAAUACAGACAGCUCACAUGGUCGGUUAUUAUCGAGAUGGGAUUUGGAUGGAUGGAGUAUUGACAUGCGCAUUGAAGGAUUUAGAGCAGGAUGCCGUGCACGAUAUGAAGAUUCUAAUAUUCGAUUCUUUGAUGGAUCCAGUCUGGACUGAGAUGAUAAAGCCUUUGAUUGACACCAAGAGGUUCUUUCAGUCAAAGAACCAAGAGAACAUAGCCAUCAAUCCAGACACAAAAGUCUUCUUUGAAACACCGGACCUUCAGUUGUGCGCGCCAUGCAUCGUUGGAACAAGUUACAUCUCUUUCGUGGGAGAUGAUUGUGUACCCUGGAAAGCAUUGAUUGAAUCGUGGGUAUCAGAAACUCCGCACAAAGAAAUUCUCAGGGAAUUUUCUGAAUUCUAUCUGCCCAAGAUUGUGAAUUUCUUGGAAGAGAACGAAGACAUGAUCACAGGAUACCAUCUGAAGAGCAGAAUCAAGGGUCUGAUUGAAAUAUUUGACCUGAUUGCACAAAUCAAUGUCGAAAAACUUGACAGAGAGGAGCAAACACUUGAGAAGGCAAAAUCUCUGGAGGGUGUUUACAUUUUUUCUUGUUUCUGGGCAUUGUUUGGGUGUUUUGACUGUGAGUCGGCGACAAACUUUCGGAAGAAAGCAAACUCUUUCUGGAAAGAGACUUUUGACAGGGUGAUUUUACCCAGCGACUUGACAAUUUUUGAAAUUUGCUUUGAUUUCGUGAAGCGUGAAUUUGUCCCUUGGCAGUCACAAUUAUCAGUUUACUUUGACAUCUCGCAAUCUAACUUUGGGCAGCUGUUUGUCCCAACCCCUGAAACAGUGCCAUAUUCUUUCCUAACUUCAAUGCUUGCAUCAUGGAACAAGUUUGUACUGUUGAAAGGAAGGCCUGGAUGCGGCAAGAGUUCUCUUAUCCGCGAGACGUUAAGAGUGCUUGACCAAGAGGUGUUCUCAACUGAGUACAUGCUCUUUCAAUGCACUACCAGUGCAGAAACACUUCAACAGAAAUUUCAGGGAAUGCUGGUGAGGUCUACAAAGAGGUUCUGGUAUCCCCUUAGUGGAAAGAAGCUCAUCAUUCAAGUAGAUGACAUGAAUUUGUGCGAGCGAGACAGGUAUGAUUCGCAGAAUGCCUGUGAAUUUCUGCGGUACUUCUUGAAACAUCGACAAUACUAUGAAGGAUUGAGCUCUAUAAGCGUCAAUGUGAAGGAUGUUGUAGUAGUUGGAAGCUAUACACCAUUCCCAGGAUUUGCUUUGAGUCAAAGGCUAGAGAACAAAUUCAUCUCCUUCACGAUUGACAACCCCAGUGACAACGCAUUGCACACCAUCGUUACCACUCUCGCGCUCACUCACUUCAACACUUUUGAAACCAGAAUCAAAUCAUUCAUCUCAGAAGCGAUGGUGUGGGCAACCAUCAACGUUCAUCAUAUGGUGAAUGAAUGCUUCAAGGCUGUUGGUGAAAGGUUUCACUAUGUGUAUGGAUUGAAGGACAUUUGUGCAGUGAUGCAAGGAAUGUCUAGAGCUACAACGAGGUUCUUCGAUUCUCCUGCUUCGUUGAUCAGCUUGUGGAUACAUGAAUGUGAAAGAGUGUACAGUGACAGAUUUGUUUCCAAGUCUGACUUUCAAAUUUUUAAAAAGAAGUUGAACGAUGCUUGUUUCAAAUGGUUUGAUGAGUAUGACGAUGAUAUUAACAUGAUUGUCUCCAAAAACAAUCUUUACGCACCUUUGGUUCUGCAGGGGCUCGAGCCAGGGUCUGAACUAGACCAAACCAUGUAUUCCGUAAUGCUGAAUAUGGACAAAGCUAAGCGAGUUGUUGCGGAGAAGCACCUUGAGUUUCAAAGAUCUGCCAAGUUAGCACCAUUCGUCACUUUGACGCAUUCACUUUCACACAUCACCAGGCUGACAAGAGCAAUGACACAACCGUCUGGCCACGUCAUAUUCCUUGGCUCUCAUGGGAGUGAACGACGAGUUCUGAUUGCUAUCAGUGCUUACAUCCUUGGUAUCGAGCUAGUGAGCGGCAAAGGCUCUUACGAUGAUUUCUGGAAGGCUUGCAAACGCUGGCAUAAAGAAGCUGGUCUACAUUCAAAACAAGUCGUGGUUGUACUGGAAGAUGAUGACCUCUUAGAUUGCAAGAAAGUCUCCCUCACCCAAGAGAUCAUUGCAACAGGGUACGCAAGCUCAUUUUUUGAUCGACAGCAGAAAGAAGAUCUCUGUAAACAAGUCAAACCAAGGCUGAAUGACAGCGGCAUCAUCGACAACGCAGACAACUGCUGGGAAUAUUAUCUUACAGAAGCGAGAAAGAAUUUUCAUUUUAGUCUGUGUUUUGCUAAUGAUUCUGAGUUCCGGAAAGUUUCAGUCAGUCGUUUUCCAAGCUUAUAUCAAGGAAUAGUGAUUGACUUCUAUCAUCCUCUCGUCAAGGAAAAUCUGAUAGAAAUGGCCCAGAUGUACCUUAAAAGUGACUUGCUUGUUCCAGAAUAUUUAAAGGACAAUAGUGCCCAACAUCUUGCCUUUGUGUUUGAUUUCUUUCGGUUUUCUAGUAUUUCUUCUACCAUGUAUCUGGAUAAAUCUCCCUCUGGUUUCUUGAAUUAUGUUUCUGAAUUUCAAGCACUGCUGAGACGUAAGCAUGUUGAAAGUCAACGACGGAAGGUUAGGAUUCAGUCAGUCUUACACAAGCUUCAGACUGCAACAGAGAAAGCUAAGUUCCUGGAGCAGAGGCUCCAAGAUGACUUGAGAGAUCUUCAGGACAAGAGCGACAUUGCCGAGCAGAGCUUGCAAUCCUUGAGCCAUGAAACUUCGAUUGUGGAUGCCGAGAAAGCAUCAGCGUCUGAAGAGGAGGCCGUCCUUGUCUCUUGUACCUCCGAGUUCGAACGACAACAGCAGCAGUACCUGGAAGAGCACAAGUCAGUUGAUCCUUUUGUCACCGAGCUCGAAAGCUCCUUGUCCCUUAUAGACAAGAAGUCUCUGAAUGAACUCAAGGCACUAAACACGCCUCCUAACGGUGUAGAAGACGUCAUCUUGGCUGUUGCCGUCAUCGUCAACAAGGGAACUGUUCCCAAAGAGGUCGGGUGGAACUUCUGCAAGAAGGUGAUAGCAAACAGCGAGCAGCUGUUGAAAGCCCUAAACUCAAUCAACGGUGAGAACGUGUCAGAUGCUGCUGUAGCAUACUGCGAAGCCAACCUCGUCAAAAAAGACUCUUUCAACCCCGACAAGAUCAGAAGCAAGAGCGCGGCAGCCUCUGGAAUGUGUGCCUGGGUGAUCAGUCUUUGCAGGUAUCACAAGGCAUUCCAGGCCGUGAUGCCGGCCCGUAAGAAGCUUGAUGAAGCAGCAGGCAACAUGCAGAGACUGGAGGUGAGGAUGGCAAACGUUCACUCUCACCUGCAAGCCAUGGACGAGAAGCUGAGCCACCUGACGAGUCUCUAUCAAGCAGCGCUCGCCGAGAAGAACAAGGCACAAGGAGUGGUGAACGACACCCGGUCUCAAAUCGACGUGGCAAAGAAGAUGAUGGACAUCUUGAGUGUUCAGAGUGAUCGAUGGACCAUGAACAUCAAAAGAAUCGAGUCUGAUGAUCAGUUCAUCUUUGGGGACACCCUGCUGUGCGCUUCAUAUCUUUCGUUCAUGGGAGUUUGCAACCGAGUGCAAAGAAAAGAAAUCUUGUCGUCUUGGAAACUGGAUCUAACAGAGAGAGACAUCGCUGUGUCAAAGGAGUUCAGCAUCACGAGAAACCUGCUGAGUGAGGUCGAGAUUGAUAGAUGUCACCUUUGGAAGCUCCCUCAAGAUUCUCUUGUACUCGAAAAUGCUGCGCUGGUGCUGCACAGCCUUCAGACGCCGGUGAUCCUUGAUCCUGAUGAUGUUUUCUUGAGAUGGCUGCGCAAUCACUUGGGUCUGCAAGAACAAGGAGUGGCUCAUGGUCAAACUUCCGAGGUGGUAUGGUGCAGCUGUCAUGACAAAAAUUUCGUCGAGAAAAUCGAUGCUUGCAUCACAUCGGCGAAGAUGUUGGUAGCCUUUGACUUGCUGGAUGACAUUCCAGACAGCCUGCUUGGGUAUCUCAGUAAAAAGAACAACAUUUACUUGCAUACACGAUUGGAAAGGCCGAGGUUCAUCAGCGAGCACUGCUCCGUACUCACAGUCAUAGACUGCAAGCUAGAUUCAACAUCCUUUGAGGCAAUCUUGCAGGAAGUGAUCAACCGAGAGCUCGACUUUGACAACUACAAGAAGGUUUUGAGUCAAAAGGAGGAACAGAUCGAGUUGCUCGGGAAAAGAGAAUCCUGUGAGCAAGAGCUUCUCAGCCUCAUAGCGGACUCCAGUGGAGACGUUCUUGAAGACCCAGGUUUCUUGGAGAAUUUGGAGAAAUUCUGGACAAGAUUUCAGGCAGCUGGUGAGGAGUACGAAAGAAGUACACUUCAUCAGGAAGAAAUUCGAUUGCCUGCGGAGUAUUAUGAGGUUUCCUAUCGCGGAACGCUGCUUUACCAGCUAGCUCAGAGGCUGGUACACUUGGACAGCACUUACAUGGUCUCCACUCCUCAACUGUUGACUUCGUUUCUGCGAGGUCUGAGGAGUGCUUCGGAUGAUGAGGCACAUCAGAACAAGGCGGACCCUGACUGGAAGCUGCAGAGCUUGAUGCUAGCAACCACGUUGCACAUGUGCAGGUUGGUGGUUGCUAGCCUGUCGAGCACUCAUCGGUUGCCUUUCUUGUCGUUUGUCACGCUGGAGGUGUCGGCGGCCAAGGACCCAUGGGCCUCGCAAUGCAAGGGCUUUCUCUUGAGGAAGCAGCGAGCGCAGGCGACCGAGUCGUCACCCUUCCCUUGGCUGCACGAGUCCCAGUGGUCGCAGCUCUCCGACCUCGAGGACUUGGCCCUGCCCCCGCAAUCCGGUUCCUCUACUUUGGUGUUGAGGCCCUUUGCAGGGUUCAAGCAGGAGAUGCUAAGGUCCUCGGGCCGCUUCCGAGAGUGGUACCUCUCUGACAGCCCUGAGCACGCCUCGCUGCCCGGAGACUGGCGGCAAAUAGACGAAACAUCCAUGAUCGCCCUCGUCUCCAUCCUGCGACCUGACCGCCUGCCACAAGCGUUGGAGCAGCUCGUGAGAAAGACACUCGGCCUGGGGUCCCUGUCCACGAUCCUCAACUCCGAUGAAGCUGUCAAGGAACAGGGCGACAGCAAGCAUCCUAUCUUCUUCAUCGUCAACGAGGACGAAGACGUGGAGGAGCUGGUCAGGGCAACUUUGCAGUAUGCUGGCCUGAUGCCAUCGGGUCGGAAGAUGAGAUCGAUCAUCCUGUCGGACACUGACAUGGAUAGACUAGACAUAUUACUAGAGGAAGAGCUUGAGGGGGACCAUGUUGUUCACCUCCAAGAUGUGCAAGUUGCAAGCAGAUGGUUGAAUCUGAGCUUUCCGCUCUUUCUCUCGAGGCUGAGACAAGGAACAUUGCCUUGUAUUUUGAUUCUAUCCGGAAAACGAGCCGCGAUCACUGAGGUGAUUAGUGGAACCUGCUUGAAGGUUGACAGGACAGCACCAAGGUCACUGCACUCAUGCUUGAAGAUGAACGUGCAGGCUGUCGGAGACAAGAUCGAUCUGGAGCACUCUUCUCCUACCUCCAGGAAGAUGAUGUUUGCCCUCUGCGUCUUCUACGCGGUCAUCGACUUCCGCAAAAGCUUCCGGGAGGUCGGAUGGAACCAUCGGUACUCCUUCGGUCUCGACUCCUUGCUUGUCGCUUGCGAGUUCGCCUCCGACGUCGCUGAAGGCUUCGCCAUCAGCCCCUGGCAGCACCUCAGGCACAUGGUUGUGCGGCUCACCUGUGGCGAGGAGAUGUCAGAUGGUAUAGAUGAAUCUGUGCUAGACGCCUAUUGCCACAAGUUUGUUUCCGAGAGUCUCCUGUCCAACUUGGAAAUCCUUCCUGGUUUGAAAACUCCUGGAGCUAGGUACGAAUGGAACGACAUUGUGGGUCAACUUCAGCAGGAGGAAGUCCUCCAUUCCCCCACGAGCAUCGGGUUGUUCAAGUACGCGGGGCUACGGCAAUCCCUGGAGGAGUCUCAAAUCCUGCUGGAAUGCAUCGGAUCUUUGCAGCUCGAGGCCUCCGGGAGCAGCAGGAGCAGCGAGGAGGCGCUCACCAUAGCAGACGAGAUCCUCGACAAGAUCCCGGAGGUGAUCAGCGUCGAGAGCGCAAGGAAAGACCCGCUCUCCUUCUUCUUUCUCAGCGAGAUCGAUCGGCUGAACCGGUUGACCUCCAAGAUGACGGUUGACGUCACCAAGUGGCGGAAGGGGCUGAAGCAGCAGCUGCUGUCAGCUGACGAGAGCGGCUCGGUGGGCAGCAUGGCAAGUAACAUGGUGCCGACGGCAUGGGAGGCGAUGGCCUACCCCUCGCUGAGGUCUCUGUCGUCAUGGCUGGCAGACUUGAAGGAGCGACACGGUCAGCUGCGAGACAUCGCGAGCUCCGACCUCGAGCCGCUGAAGGCGAUCUGGUUGCCCGGCCUCUUCUGCCCUCAGGCCUUUAUGCAUGCCGUGCGAGUGUCGCUCGCCAAGACGACGAGCAUGGCGGUCGAGGCGACUGAGAUCGAGGCAGCCGUCUUGUCCGGGGAGAGAGCAGCCCCAGGAGCCUUCGAUGGUGAAGCGUUUCAUGUGAGUGGCAUCUUCUUGGAGGGUGCGCGAUGGAGCGAGCAAGACGCGAGGCUCGAGCUCGCGUCCGAGCAUCACACCAGCUGCAGCAGAAUCGCUGACGUCAGUCUGACUCCUCGCAAGGAGAGAAGCAAACCGAGCCUCUCCCUCCCCGUCUACCGCACUCGCAUGCGCGGGAACUCCUACCUCUUCCACUUGCUCUUCCCUUCCAACGAGCACAGUGCUGCAUGGCUCAUGAGCGGGGCUGCCGUUGUACUCGACGUUGAAACUUCAGCUCGAAGUGAGGGAGGUCCUAGUGUGAGGUAG